UACAAAGAUGCAACUAGCCUACGCACAUACCAAUUUGUUUUCAAGAGUGGAGACCUAACCAAAUGGACAGCUUAAAACAAAAUAAGUAGGGGUUUCUUGACAGGAGUCUCUGACAUUAACAUCCUAAAAACUUGAAAUAAAUAUGGUGGUGCAUAUGAUAUAAUUCCGUAGUUUUAAGGCUUGCUCCACUUUUGAAUAUCAGAAUGGAAAUUAAAUUAAGCUCGCAAGUGAUAUUAUUGUAUUUUUUGAAUUACUUUUUUCUUUUUUUUUUUAAUUGAAUUACACAACCACAGCAUUCUCUAGUUCUCUGUCACAACACAUGCAUUUCAACAGGAAAAGGCAGAUUCAGUCAAGAGCUGAUAGAAAGAGGUAGCAUUUUUACAUCCUGCAUUUCAGCAUGGACUUUGACUACCAAAAGAUUAAAGAUGCUGAAUAUCGACAGAGAGAAGAGCGAUUGAGGUCUCUUCCUGUCCAUCAACCAAGACCAAUACCCCGUGCAUCUCUUGCUCCAGAGACACCAACAACAAAGAAACCUCCCAUAAAACCCCGGCGCAGCUUAAAAGGUCGCCCAACUGCACACCAAGAGACUGAGCAAUUAAAUAACCAGGGUCAGCAGAAGGAAAAUGAGAUAACAGUCAAGCGAAUAGCUCCUGCUCUUGUUUUGGGCCCAGUGGGGCCCCUAGAGGCCCUGACUCCAUCUCUGCGUGCUCACACUCUGCUGUGGUUUGAAAGAACGCAGCUGCCUCGACUGCAAACACCCGGACACCCUCUUCCCUGCUGGCUGCAUGGUUUUGCUACACGCAGGGAAGCUGAGCAGCUGCUGCAGGAUAAGCCACAAGGUUGUUUCCUGUUGAGGCUAAGUGAGUCGAAGAUUGGCUUUGUGCUCUCUUACAGAGGAGAGGAUAGAUGUCGUCACUUCAUCAUUGAAGAGGAGGAGAGAGGAUCAUCUGGUAGUAUGUACCUCAUUGCUGGAGAAAAAAGCCGUCAUCGAAGCCUGGAAGACCUAUUCAACUACUAUACUCAUAAUCCAGUGGGACCCUUUAAUGAGAUGUUGACCAUGCCUUGCAUGCGGACUAAUGAGGGCUGUGAAGAAACUGAUAGGUUGGUAGUGAAGGACAGGGAAGCUGAAGGAAAUGGAAAAGAGAUGAAUCAAGAGUUGCAAACAAGCCUGCCCAUGGCCACCGGUCUGGCUGUUCUAGAUCCAUUACCCUCAAACCCGUCCAAUCAGUUUACCUCUGCCAGAAAAGAGACUGUGCAGUAUGCAGCGGUCCGGAAGCCACUAAAAAAGACUUACUCGCUACCAGAGUGCCAGUGUGGUCCUGACACAGUGCCUCCAAGCCUAGAAAAUGGCAAUUCUGAGCUUGCUGAACAACCCACCAACCUGAAUGUACCAGUGGAUCACACUCCACUCAUAGAUGUCCCAUAUGCCAGAGUCAACAAACCUCCCAGAGCUGUGUCACAAAAUAUACCCAAUGUCAAUGACCACUCUGACCUUCAAGGGGCGACAGCAGAAUCUACUAUCCUUCCAACUUUUCCAAGCUUUGAAAUGACAGCAGCAGAGCAGAAAUAUUGGAAGAUGGAGCCUAUGCACACCUACGAGGAGACUCCACUUAUGCGCAGUCGUACCGAGGAGAUUGACUGUUAUGCUGUGGGUUGGAGAAGGCAGGCGAAAGAAGAUGGAGCAGAUCAACCAAAUCAUCAUUUGUAUUCAGAGGUGAACAUAAAGGGUGCCCAAGAUGGCCAUUCUGUAUCAAGACCCGGUUCUAGUCUUCCUCUUAGACUACCUCCGAGAUCAGCACUUGGUCCUUUAAGACCAGAGAGCACUAGGCAGACUUUUGGUGUGCCCCCAUUGAUGGUUCAGCCACAACACUCUGGUCUCCAGCAGUCAGAUCACCUGCCUCUGGAGGCUUCCUCCUGCUCCAUUUAUGAGCAGAUUCCAGCAAGACCAACCAGCUCCAGACCAAAUCUGCCCCAACCCAACCCUAAACGCUGACAUUAAGGAUCGUCUAGAACUCUCAAAUCACCAAACUAAAGGGGCAUUUAGGUUCAUAAGCAUUCAGCACCAUGAAUGUGUAUGAUUGUAGGCUUGUAAAUAUUGAUUCCCCACCAUGGACUAGCUAUAGGCAUCGGCUUCAAGUGGUCAUCUAUUUAAAUUAAAUCUGAUUACAUAUGCUUUUCUAUAUGAAUUCUUCACCCCAGAGACACAAUUACACUGUAAAAAAAAGUUGUUAAAUAAACAAUGUUCUCACUAUUCUUAAUUUAGCCAAUCAAUGCUUUUUAUUUUUUUGCUUUAUCAUGAAAAGUGUAUUCUGUGUUCAAUACUUGUUAAGGUCAGUUAAUAACAUUUGUAGCAUAAUGUUGAUUAUCACAAAAAAACUAUAUUUAAUUUAUUUAUAUAAAAAAGCAAACAUUGCAGUUACAAUAAAACACUAAUAAUGAAGUGAAGUAUCAAAAGUACAGCUACAAGACAUGAACAUUACGUGUUAACAUGAUUUUAGUGAGAUACAAUCACUUACAAGCCUUAUCAGGUAGUUAUAUCCAAUGCUGCAACUUCCUUGCCAUGCUGACGGUAACACCAGAAAAUCCUUUAAGCGAUUUAUCACACCAAAAUCACAGAACAGAGAUUUCACCACACUAAAAUCAUUUUAACCUGUAUAAAUGUUUACUUCUUGUGGCUAAACUUUUUAAACAGUAUUUUAAUGUUUAUGAACUGGCCCCAUUCAAUUCCAUUGUAAGUGCCUUAACUGCAAUUUUUGCAUGAACGAAGGACAAGUCAAAUUUCUCUUCUGUGGUUUUAGACAUUAUGCAACAAAAUGUGUCAAUUGAGCUUAAAGGGAUAUUUCAACCUAAAUUAAAAAUGAUCUCAUAAUUUACUCACCCUGCCAUCCCAGAUGUGUUUGACUUUCUUUCUUGUGCUGGACACAAACAAAGAUUUUUUGAAAAAUAUCUCAGCUCGAAGUAAUCCAUACAACUCCAGAGGAUAAAUCCAUGUCUUCUGAAGCAAUAUAAUAGCUGUGGGUGCAAAAUUAAUUUUUUUACUUGAGUCACCUUGGACUUACAGUGACUUCUAGGUGUGGAUGCAGUAUCAUUCAAAAUCAAUAGUUUUCAAUUACAGAUGCCAUUGUAGAAAUUCACUAUACACAAUUAGCAUGGUUUCGGUCCUAUUUAGCAGACCGCUACCACUUUGUCUGUGUAAAUGAGGAUUUGUCAAAUCAUACUAAAGUAUGGAGUGCCAAAGGGAUCAGUUUUAGGGCCUGUGCUUUUCUUCUUAUUUAUGCUUCCCCUGGAAGAUAUUAUCAGGAAUCGUGGAAUAAGUUUCCACUGUUAUGCAGAUGAUCCCCAAUUUAAUAUUUCUUUGAAACCUGAAUAAGUUUCACUAUUGUCCAAAUCACCAUUUUUGGGUGAACCAUCCGUUUAACUUGCAUUGAACCCAGAAUAUUCCUUUAAAGGAAUAGAUCACCCAAAAAUGAAAAUGCUCUAAUCGUUUACUCACCUUCAUGCCAUCCCAGAUGUGUAUGACUUUCUCUCCUCUGUAGUGAUUUUUAGAAAAAUAUUUCAGCUCUGUAGGUCCUUAGAAAAAAAAGCAUUUCAGCUCUGUAGGUCCCAAGAUGUGAAAGUGGAGAUUUAGAAUAAAAAAGGACUUAAAUGUUUAUGUUUCUCACCCACACCUAUUAUAUCACUUCUGAAGAUAUGGAUUUAACCACUGGAGUCUUAGAAAUGACAUCUGUUUCCUUUAUGUGAUUUUUGGAGCUACAAAGGUCUGAUCACCAUUCACAUGCUAAGAUAUUCUUCUAAAAACAUACACAUCUGGGAUGGCAUAAUGGAGAGUAAACAAUGAGAGCAUUUAAAAUUUUUGGUGAAAUAUACCUUUAAAUGGAGUAAAUUGGAUUGCACUGCCCUGCACAUAUGUUAAACAACCCAAUUAUAGAUAUGUUAAAGUGAGGUUUGAUAGAUCAUAAUCUAAUAAGCUUUGUCAGUACUGUAGCAAUUUAAUUAUUUGGCCAAUGAUAUUCCCAUAAAAUAAAUAAAAUUAAAAACAA